GGCCUGUGGCCCGAGUGGCUCCGUUACCUUGGAGAGCUGAAGUAGUGGGAGAUCCCGUGGCCGCGCUGUCGGCCGGAGAUCGAAACAACAUAAACAUUAGACAGUACAACUGCCUCAAAGUGCUGGGAGCACUGUAUUAAAAACAACAGAAUUUCAGGAUGACGGACGCUUCUGAAGCUGUUCCAAAUUUUGAAGAGAUGUUCGCCAGUAGAUUCACAGAAGAUGACCAAGAAUACCAGGAAUACCUGAAGCGCCCUCCUGAGUCCCCUCCGAUCGUCGAGGAGUGGACUAGCAGAGCCGCUGGGAACCAGAGAAAUAGAGGCAAUCGGUUGCAAGAUAACAGACAGUUUAGAGGUAGGGAUAGCAGACGGGGGUGGCCCAGUGACAAUCGAUCAAAUCAGUGGCAUGGACGAUCCUGGGGUAACAAUUACCCGCAGCACAGACAAGAACCUUACUACCCCCACCAGUACGGACACUAUGGGUACAACCAACGGCCUCCCUAUGGUUACUACUGAUGGAAACGGCAGCAGCUUUUAGUAAAACCAUUACUCUGUUAACAUGACAAAAGUUUGUAUCUUCUGUUGGUCAUAGUUUUACGUUUGAUUUCAGAGAGUGGAUUAUUAACUUUUUGGCACUUCUGACUUUUUUUUUUUUAAAUGAGAUCUUACCGGAGACAUUAUGGUUGCUGGGAAUAAGAAUGCCUCUAAAAAGUUGUGGAUUUAAUACCUGACUUCUACCUCAGAUUUCUUCUUUGUUUCAUGACUUAACAGUCUUUGAACUUGCCGAGUGUUUUCUUUGUUUGACCUCCAGGAGUUCUGUCUUUGUUUUACACAGAAAUAAAAAUUUUAAAGUAGAAAAUGCCUGA